AAAAUUCAAGUGGGUUUAUCCUACAAGCAUCCCUGAAAUAACUCUCAAAGAUUUCUUUCCCACAUUUUCAGUCUGCAAUGGCGCCAAAAUGUGGGAGGUCGUAACAAAUGAAGCAAGCGCUCCAACACCUCCUGUGGUAUCCUGGCAGUAGCCUAUCGCAGCCGGCUGAAGAGGCAUCUAAUGAUGGACCGGAGGCGGAGGCAACAAGGAGAGCGCCGGUGCCUCGGAGCAGCCAGGGAGUCUCACUUCCGACAUCCAGGAGUCUGAGAUCGGACCUAGAUGUGAGCAGGGCGAGAUUUUUAUGCGUAAAGUUUAUUUUUACGCACCUGGUCUGAGAUGUUUUAUGCCUUUUACGCUUGUAUCAUCUCUUUUAACACGUGGACUCCGGACUUUUACGCAGUUUUAGCCUGUCCUGCUGAAGGGUAAGUGCUCCUUCUAGACUGAGGCGACAGAUUCAAGCGGGACAUCCAUCCAUCCACACCCAGAGCAGCGGCUUUUCUGACAAAACUCACCCAACACCUCCGAGAGGAUCCUGAAUCUUAAAUCCUUAACCAACUAAUCGUUUGGAUGGAAGUUUUUAUGUCUCGUGUCGGACUAAAGCAUGCUGGGGCAGCACGGUGUCGUGCGUAAAAGCCGCCGCGCACCGGACAGGAAGUGAACUAAUUAUUAUUAAACCCCAUCCCUCAUUUCCAUAUCUAGCGUGAGCUGGCUGGAGCGCAGCCAAUCACCCAGCGAAGGGCAGCAAGAGUCGUAAAAGCACUCUCCUUCCUCCAACACAAUCACACUGACAUGCGCAAUCUGCACACGGGCAUCGACGCACGGACAGCCUCAGUUCGCUUAUUUCACGGAGCCCUCAGCCUCCGAAGGCUCCCAGUCGCUGCUCGUAGAUGAGCCGGCGGAAGGCAGCACACGGAGAGCAACAUGUCCCGCAGAAAGCAAGCCAAACCCAAGCACCUCAAGGCCGAGGAGGAGGCGGCGCGGAGCGGAGAAGUCUGCACGAAUGGCUUUGUAGAGGCCACUGAAAGAGGCGAGACUGAUGGAGGCAGCAGUGAGGAAACACACAUCUGUAAUAAAUGCUGUGCUGAGUUCUUCACAUGGACUGAACUGAGCAAACACCAGAAAGUCUGCUCUGAGGAUUCCUUAGUGCUGAUAGUAAAGAACAGUGAUGGGGUUCCAGUUCCUGAUGUAUCUCCCAUCGGACCCUCGCCUGUUCCCAGUGUGGUGUCCACUGACUCGUCUGCAGGAGAGUCCGCAGACGCCAGCUUUGAGCUAGGAGACAUGCUGGUGAAUGAUAACGACAGUUUGGAUAAUUUAGAGGAAGGCAUUGAUCGGGAUGAGGCCAUGGAGCUUGAGCAGUGCUCACAGGAGGACUACAACGCAACCUCCAGCCCCCAGCCUCCAGAUUCAGCUGAGCCCUCUUCCCCACAGAUGUCAGCUGCUGGCAGCUACAGCAUGCCGAGUACCAACGUGACUCUGGAGAUCCUCCACAGCACCAGGGUGGCAGUGGCUCAGUUCUCCCAGGGGAUCAGCAGCUGUGGAACAGGAGGGAAGGCGGCUUCAGCAGCGAUCCCAGUGAUACUCGAACACCUGCUGGCUCUGCAGCAACAACAGGUCCACCAGCUGCAGCUUAUUGAGCAGAUCUGCAGCCAGGUAGCUGUAAUGAACAGGCAGCCAACACAGGCGGCGUUAAACCCGGUGUCCAGGUCUCUGUCCCUGGCCCCUAAUCCUAAUCCUUUCCCUUCUCAAGGCGUCAUCCCACCUCCCAUCCUGCCUCUGUCAGGUACAAUGCCCUCAUCUGUUAAUGGGCAUGCUGCUGUUUCUAUGUCUUCUGGACUUGAAAAGUCUCCAGGUCUCCCACCACAAACUGUAUCUGGGCAAUCCUCAUUUAGAGAUGUAGUAUGUACCUCAGCCUCCUCAGAGAACUCAACGCCACCUCUCUCCAGCAGCAGCAUCUCCACAUUACUCCCUCCUUACACAGGCUCACACACCAGCAGCAUAAGCAGCACUCAGACACUCAACUCCUCCAGCCCCCUCUCUUUGGGGCAGAGCAGCCUCCUCAGCUCAUCCUCCAGCCUGCCAUUUCUACCUCAGAGCCCCCCCAGCAGCGUCAUCUUCCCCAAUCCCUUGGCGAGCAUUGCCGCCACAGCUAACGCACUUGACCCUCUUGCAGCCCUGAUUAAGCACAGGAAAGGGAAACUGCCAAAUGUGUCCUUGUUCGAAACCAAGCCCAACCCAGAGGAGCCUUUCUUCAAGCAUAAAUGCAGGUUCUGUGCCAAAGUGUUUGGCAGCGACAGCGCAUUGCAGAUCCACCUGCGCUCCCAUACAGGAGAGCGGCCCUUCAAGUGCAACAUCUGCGGCAAUCGCUUCUCCACAAAAGGGAACUUGAAGGUGCACUUCCAGAGGCACAAAGAGAAGUAUCCUCAUGUCCAGAUGAACCCCUACCCAGUGCCAGAAUAUCUAGACAAUGUGCCAACAAGUUCUGGGAUUCCUUACGGCAUGUCCAUCCCUCCAGAAAAACCUGGCUCCUCAUGGCUGGAUAGCAAACCUGUUGUGGCAACUUUACCAGCCUCCAUGGGUCUUCCGCUUUCCUCCACUGUUACAAGUAUCGGAGGCUCGAAUGACCCUGUAAGUGUAACCCCAUCUGUUAAAUCUCCCUUCCAGCCAGCUCCUUUUGAAUGUGUAUCUUUGUCGCCUAACCACAGAGGCAGUGAGGCUCACUUUACUCCUGUUUCAGAGUCUUCACAAUCCAACCGUGAGACAGAAGCAUCCAAUAUUCUGAAAUCAGAAGGAGUCCAAUUGCCCCAAAUCUGCUCGCUGAGACCUAAAGCCAACCCAGCAGCAGAAGCAACCAACUCAACAAUCCCUUCUGUGGCCACCACACCUGAACCUAUCACCUCAGCAUCCCCUGUUUCAAACUCUCCACCAAUCUCAAUCCACUCAGAUGAAUCUAAACUCACAACUAGUGGCCUCCUGGACUCUAUGCAAGCAUCUGAAACCUCAAAGCUCCAGCAGCUGGUGGAAAACAUUGACAAAAAGAUCACAGACCCUAACCAGUGUGUUCUGUGUCACCGUGUCCUCAGCUGCCAGAGCGCGCUGAGGAUGCACUACCGAAUCCACACUGGGGAGAGACCCUUCAAGUGCAAAGUUUGUGGCAGGGCUUUCACCACCAAAGGCAACUUGAAGGCUCACAUUGGUGUUCACAGGGAGAACCCUCCCAUUCAGGUGCAGCACUCGUGUCCUAUUUGCCAGAAAAAGUUCACCAAUGCCGUUGUCCUUCAGCAGCACAUCCGCAUGCACAUGGUCGGGCAGAUUCGUGACUCUACCCUGGUGGAGAGGCUGCAGGAGAUGGACGGCGAAAUCUCUGUCAACGAGAGGAACUUUGACAGUCUGAGCAACAACAGCAAUGACCUUAUUGAUGAUAUUUCAAUGGAGGAUGUUAAUGAGGAAGAAGACGAGGUAGAAAACAUGGAGGAAGGUGUAUAUCCAUCUAAAUCCUUGAUCUCUGGUAGCAUUUCCCCUCCCAGCUCCUCUGCUGUUAUCUCAAGUAUAGCAGCUCUUGAGAACCAAAUGAGGAUGAUAGACUCUACUGUGAGCCUAAACCACUCUUUAGGUAUAAAAUCCCUAACCAAUGGAUUUGGUGAUAGCAGCAACCAGCUCAGUGUUACUUCACCUGAGAAAAAGACUGAGAAUUGCAGCCCAAGCACCCCAAAUGGGUCAGAAUCCUCCUGUUCACCCUGUGCAUCUGCAUCUCCGACUGAAACAAACGCAGAGAGAACCAAAUCACCUGUCGAGAACAAGAACAGGCCAGAAUCCCAAGAUCCUCUGACAGCCUCAGUGAAGAGAGAGCAGUCUGAUUCUCCUAAGUCUAUGUCAGGAGGUUCAGCAGCCCAAGAGCUAAGAGGAAUACAGGCUGGAAAGCUGAGCGUGAAAGAGGAGACUCCUUACAGCAUGUCAUUCCAAGUGAGCCGAGAAAGAGCUGCAGGUCAAAGUAUGCCCAGUUUGGUAACAACCCCACCAUCAGGAAUGAUCAAAUCGGAGCUGAACGGUCACAGUCAACCAAACACCCUGUCUGAGGGGCAGCAUCCGCUCUUCAGCGUGCACAUCCCUCCCACUUAUGCACCAGUAGGCAGCCCGGGAAUGACCUCCCUGCUCGGCCCUGUUCCUCCUCGACGGACUCCGAAGCAGCACAACUGCAACGUCUGCGGGAAGAACUUUUCGUCAGCCAGUGCCCUGCAGAUCCACGAGCGGACGCACACAGGAGAGAAACCAUUUGUCUGCUCCAUCUGCGGCAGAGCUUUCACCACCAAAGGCAAUCUAAAGGUUCAUAUGGGAACUCACAUGUGGAACAACGCACCAGCCAGGAGAGGUCGGCGGCUGUCAGUGGAGAACCCCAUGGCCCUGCUGGGAGGAGAGGCAGUGAAGUUUGGGGAAAUGUUUCAGAAGGACCUGGCAGCUCGAGCGAUGAACGUCGACCCUGGAUUUUGGAACCGCUAUGCGACAGCCAUCGCCAACAGCCUGGCCACGAAGAACAACGAGAUCUCAGUGAUACAGAACAGAGGAAUCUCUCAGCUUCACCCUCUGACUGCAGGCAUGGACCGAGUGAGCACCGCAGGAAGUCCAAUAACCAGUCGAACCAAGGCGGGCAUGGACCUAGGAAAUAAUAGACAUUUUUCUAUGCUCAUUGACGACAGCAAAGAAAUUGGAAUCAAUUAAAAAGGAUGCUGGAUGGUGACAUGAUACUUAUGCAAUCUGUUAAGGACGUUCAAAGUAUUUGUAAAACCUUGUUUGUUCUUAUGUAUUAUAAAUAGACUUAAAAGAACUUUUUAUCAAUUGACAGAGAGGAGUAGGGUAUAAACAUUUUGCUAUUUUACUUUGCCAUCAUUUGUGAGUGUUUUUAUUUCUAUACAUAAAAUGUUGAACUUGUACCUGAAGAUUCCCACGGUGCUCGGACGUAUGGUUGCUCUGAAGAAGGGAACAUAUGUUCAAAUCAAUAAUGCAAAGAGUCUGCUAUCUCCCCUGGACAGCUGCCCAAUGCUGCUGGUGCAAAGCACAAAAUAUGCUCAUAAAUACACACAACUAUGAGUUGCAAUGUUGUCAAUGUUCUGUUGAGAUUGUCUUCUUAAACAAGAGAUGGACCGAAUAAAAC